UAUCGCGAAGCUUCCAACUUGAUCGGCGCACAUUCCAAGUCUUGCCCCUCUCUAUCAUAUGCAACAGCACAGUAACACGCCAACUUCUACCUAACCAGACUUCAACAACAGGAAUUAGCCGAAAGCAAUAUACUGGUUCGGCCUGCCAGUUUUCGCUCUAGCUCAAACUUGACGUCAAUCCGCGGGGGCGCGACGACCCCUCCCAAAAACAUCACUUCUCUACAGCCCACUAGCUUGCACCCAUUUCACCCCUCCCACCUAAUACAACCAACAAAACCUCCUACAGUCCUCUCCAACAUCCUAGAUGAUCUCCCUCAACCGAACCGCUUACCAAAACCUCUGACCGCCAAAAAAAAAAGAAACCACUACCCAACGCCACAAAAGAAAAUGACCACCCCAUCCCCCACCAUCCUCCUCCCCCACCUGCCCCCCAAGACCCUCGUCGGCAUCGACCUGAUCACCUUCACCUCGACCGCCAACUUCCACGGCAUCCGCGACUUACCUGCGGGGUGGCACUUCCUCUACACCGGCACGACCGAACGUCUCUCCCUGCGGAGCGGAAGCUGGUUCUACGUUGGGGAUUUGGGCAGCGCUGCCGCCGCCGCCGCCGAUACGAAUCCCGGCGCACUCGUCUCCCUCCACCCAUCGACUCAACGGCAGCAGCAAGAAUAUGGCCAAGACAUCAUAGUCUGGAAAUGGGACACGGAGAGUGAAACGCUCGCACCGUUGAGCGCCGCUAGCGAUGCGGACCGGCAGGAGGCGAUGCGGCAGAAGGCGAAUCUGGGGGCGGUUUAUCGGCGGGGCGGGUUGUUUCGGUACCGGAGUCGGGUGACGGAGGCGAUGUUGGCGAUGCAGUCACAAAAGCAGCAGCAGCAGCAGCAGCGGGGAGUGCGGUUUGAAGGUGAUGAGGUGGAAGGGGAGGAAGAGGAGGAGGAGGAGGAGCAGGAGGGGAGGAGGGAUUGGCGAGGUUUGACGGAUAGGAUUACGGAGGGGUUGCUGGAUCGGAUUGUUGGGGUUCCUGUUGUGGAUGUCGAUGGGAGGGCUCGGUGGAUGGUUACCUCGGCGAGUACCGCGCUGAGGGAUAGUGAUGCUAUUCCUGGGUUGACCGUGGAGGCAGAGGAAGGGGGGAAGCAGAGGUUGGAUGAAGGGGCGAUCGAGAGGGUGACCGGGGAGAAGGAACGGGAGUUCUCGUUUGUCCCGGUGGAUCUGAAGCGGACGUGGAGGGAGGGUGCGAUUGGGAGGGAGAGGACUGAGGCCGCCCAGGAUCGUUCGUGGGCCUUGGGGGACUUGAUUGAUAGGGUUUCAUCGGGUUCAGGGGCCACGGAUGCUGAGAGGGAGAGGGCCGGGGAAGGCCAGCUGUUGGGCGAGCUGCAAUUCUCUUUCUUGAUGAUCCUGACUUUGAUGAAUUACUCGUGUCUGCAGCAGUGGAAGCGUUUGCUGGAGCUGAUCCUCACUUGUCGGAGUGCAAUCCGUGAGCGGGAGGCGUUCAUGAGUGAUCUGCUGCGCUUGCUCUUGCUGCAGCUGCGCCGUUGUGACGAUGUAGAGGGGGGUUUGUUUGACCUUGAUGGAGAAGAAGGCGGUGCGUUCUUGCGGAAGCUACUAAUGAAGUUCCGGAAGUCGCUAUAUGAGGUUCUCGAAGAGACAGACUCCCAGGUGAAGACGGAGUUCGAAAAGCUCGAGGCUUUCGUCAAAGAGGAAUACGAUUGGGAGCUCAAUCGUGACGUGAUUCUUCGACGAGGUAUGGUACAACUGGAGGAUGGUGAGCAGGUCGAGCUGGAGGUGGCGGGUGACAAUGAAGAAGAGGAGCUUGGAGAAUACGCGCCUAUGGUUGUGGACCUUGGAGAGGGCACUGGAAUGGACGAUAGCGAUUCCAGUGAGAACCUGAAUUAGCAGCUGGAGCUGUUGGGUGGAUUUUGGCCAAUGUUCCAUGUAAAUCCAUGUAAAUUCAGUGGAUAGCAUGUAUACAUCAACCACGGGAUAUGUAUGUGAUAAUGAAUAGACUACACGAGAUUAUGAAACAGGUAGUUGAAUCGAACGAUG